AUGUUUAAUUUCAGAAGAUUACCUCUUUUUGAUGAAGACCAAACAAAAGAUACAGGGGAAAUAAAAAAUUUUUUAAAUAGUUAUGAAGGAAUACGUUUCUGCUCUUUUAAUAAAUUUAUGAAUGUAUUUUUAGACAAAUUACUCUUUAUUGAUCCAUUAAAUUUAAUUGUUACAACCAUAAGUACAAACACUUUCAUUGUUGAUUUUUGUUUUAAUGACAAAAUAAAUAAUAUCAUUAUUUUAGGGAAAAACAAAAACGCCUUAAUCUGCAGCAUUUAUAGCAUUAAAGAAUAUAAUUUCAUCCUUUUGAAAAAAAUAUAUCUAAGUAAAAACUGUAAAAAUAUAAAAAAAACUCUAAUAAGUAGUUCCCUAGAUUAUAUAAUUACUUUAGAAAAUAAUAAAAUUACUUUUUAUUUUAUAAGUAAUGAUCAUAGUAUAAAUAAAAGUGAAUUAAUAGAAGAUGAAGAGAUUAUUGAAAAUGUAUUUUUAUGUAAAGAUGAUAAUUUAGUAAUAUUAAAAAAGAAUUGUGCAAAUAUAUAUAAACUUAUCAAAAAAAACUUAUGUAUUGGUUAUAAAUUCAGUGAAAGUAUUAAUUUAAAUUUUUAUAAUAAUAAUGAUUUAUCAUUAAACGAAUCAAUAUUGUCAAUAUAUAAUGAAGAAAUAAACAUCUUAUAUAUAUGCUAUAAUUAUUUAAAAGUCUUAUGCGCUUUGAACUUAAAUAAUAGAAAAUAUGAAUGCAUUUUACUUGAUAAUAAAAUAACCGACCUAUUUUGUGUUAAAUUUUAUUUAAUUUUACUUACAGAGCUAAAUCAAAAAUUUUAUAUAAACAUAUAUAUUAUAUAUGAAGAUAUGAAAUUAAUAGUAUUUAAUACUUCUUUCAAUUACUUGAUAACAAACAUCAUUUUUUUUAAUAAUUUACUCUUUUUUACCAUUGAUGACGGCAUACACAAAUCUGAAAUUAAAAUUGAUAAAUAUUAUUUUUAUGAACAAUUAAAGAAUAAUUGUACUUCAAAAGAAGAUGAUGAAGUCUUUAGACAUAACAAAAGUGAUAGUUUAAGUGAUAUAUUUAUAGAAUCAGAAAAAACAAAAAAAGAAAAUUUUGACUUAUUAAAAAUAUACAAUGAAAAUAUAAAUAAAGGAAGUAUAAGAAAUAAUACUAACGUAAAUAGAAAAGGGGUAAUAAAUGAAGAAAAUAACGUAGAAGAAAAAAAGGUAUAUGCAGAUAAAUUUUUUAAAUUGAAUAAUAAAUUUUUUAAAAAUCCCAAAAAUAAAAUUAAAAUAGUAUUAAAAGAAAAAAAUAUCAACGAAAUUAUAAAUAUUUUUAAAAAAAAAAAACUAUUUCAUUGGUUAAUAAAAUAUUCUGAAUUAAAUAAAAAUUAUCAUGUUACCAAUUUUGGUUAUGUUUAUAAAAUUUAUGCAGAUUUUUUAUUUGAAAAAGAACAGUAUGAAAAAUCUAUGUAUCAAUAUAUAAAAACUAUUGGAUUUUUAGAAACCUCUUAUGUUAUUCAUAAAUAUUUAAACUUAGAUUUAUAUGAAUAUUUGUCUGUAUAUUUAGAGAAAUUACAUGAAACUCAUCUUUUUAACGAUGAACAUACAAUGAUGUUAUUAUCUUGCUAUAAAAAAGAGUGCAAAAAAAAGAAAAUGAUAUAUUUUAUAAAGAAUAAUAAAAACAAAAUUAAUUUAAAUAAAACAUAUAAAUUUUUAUUAAAUUCUGGCUAUUACAAUGUAGUUUUAAAAUUUUCGAAAAAAAAUAAAGAUCACUUAACAUAUAUUUCUAUUUUAAUAGAUAAGUUUGAAAAUUACGAAAAAAGCUUAAAAUAUAUUUUUAAAUUAGAUGUAGAAAAUAUAUGUAUUUUAUUGUUCCGAUAUGGAUAUAAAUUUAUUAAAUAUUUUCCUGAGUUAACUAUUUACUUAUUAAAAAAAAUUAUUAAAAAGUAUAAUUUAAACUUAACCAUUUUUAUUCCCUUAUUUUUAGAUAACAUAGAUUUCCUUUUUAUAUUUAUCUUAAAAUUUCUUGAUAAAAAAAAAGAUGAAAUAAUGUUGGAUACAAAUAAUGAUGUUGACAAAAGUUCAUUAUAUGAUAAAAAAAAAGUUAAAAAGAGCCAUUUUAUAAAUAAUAUAAGUGAUAAGGAAAAUUCCAUUAAUAUAAUAAAUAGAAAGAAAUUGGAAUUUGAUAUAUUCAAUGGUGAUUAUGAUUAUAUCUUAUUUGUUACAGUUAUGCAAAUACUUUUACAAAAAUAUAAAAAAAAUGAGGAAAAUACCAUUUUAACCUUUAACAUAGAUAAAUUAAUAAAAAAUAAAGAUAAAAAUAUAAAAUUUUUAUCUCUUUUAUUACUAUCUAUAUAUAAUUAUAAUAAAGGAUUAUUAAAUAUAUGCAAAAAAAUUAACAAAUAUGAUAUAUCUUUUCUUUUUUCUAUUAAUAAAGUAAUUAACAAAAUUAAAAUAAAAUGCAACCGAAAAGUUCUCUUAACAAAAAAUAUAAAUAUUAAUGAUUAUCAACUUGAGGAUAAAGAUUCAUAUAAAUUAAUGAAUAAACAAUUUCACACACACAUAUUUAAAACCUGUAUGGAGCAUUUUAAAUUAAAUUAUUCAUUCUAUAAUUAUAUUUUCUAUUACCUAUCCCUAUUAAAUGACGAUAAAUUCCUUAUUAAAUUCAUUAAAAUAAUAAACAAAAAAUCUGCUCUUUUAUUGUUAAAUUUAAUAUUAAUUUUACAAAAAUACAACAAAAGUUAUAUAUGUAUAAAAAAAAUGCUUAUUUCAUAUUUAAAUGAAAUUAAUCAAGAUAUAAAUUCAAAAUAUAUAGAAAUAUUAAAGGAUAAAAAGGAAUUGUAUAAAAUAAAGAAACAAAAAUUAAGGAAUAAAUACAACUUUCAUUUAAUUGAAAAUACAUAUUGUUCUGUGUGUAAAGAAGUAUUAUCUACACCAAUUAUUCAUUUUUUAUGCAACCAUUCAUAUCAUUAUUAUUGUUUAAAUAAUGAUAAAGUAUGUUUGUUAUGUUAUAAUAAAGAUAAUGAAAAAAGAUUAUUAAAGGAAAAAGCUAAAAAUGCUAUUAAUAAUUUUGAUGAAUUUUUCAAAUAUUUACAAGGAUCAACUAAUAAAUAUUCUUUUAUUUCAAAUUAUCUUUCUUAUGGAGUUAUUCCUAAUAAAUAA